AUGUCCGAUGAUCAGAAUAUCAAAACGAUGUUAUCAUCAUCGGAUAACCAUGCAAGAACAACAACAACAAAAACAUUGACACCAACAAAAAAGGUUUGGCCAACAACAUUGAAUAAAUCAUGUGAACAAAUAUCGAAAAAUUCAAAUUCAAAUUCAAAUGUGGAUCCAUCAUCAUCAUCAUCAUCAUCAUUAUCACCGAUUAAAAUUCGAUUCAAUAUGAUGCAAGCAAGAGAAAAUAUACGUCGUUUUAAAGAACAAGAUAUUCGUGAAGAAAUUGAAAAAGAUCCAUGGUAUCAUUAUUCACUUCGUUAUCGUCGUCGUAGACAGCUUGAAAAGUCAAAGAAAAUUUUACAACAACAACAACAACAACAAAACAACGAAAAUGAUUCAAAUCAACAAGGAAUUUUGGAUGAUAAACAAUCAAAUGAUGUUGAUAAUGAAUUAAAUAAAUUCGAUGAUGAUAAUCAAUACCAUUUGGAUAAUCUGAAUGAAUCAAUCAAAAAUCUGCUUGCUGAUUUUGAUAAAAAUCUUCAUAAUGAUGUUAAUUCAAAACAGAAUUCUAUUGAAAACAAAAAUAAACGAACAAUAUUUAUGUUGAGCGAAGAAAAUCAAGAACAAAUUUCUGGUUCACCAUUAAAACGUCAUCGAACAAACGUAAAUAAAUCACCAAAAAAAAAUAAAUUUUUCAAAUGUAAAGUUGCUAACGCCAAUACUGAUGGUUGCAAUAAUAAUCAAAAUACAAGACAACGAAAAACGAUCGAUCCAUUAUUAUUUUUUGAUCACGUUAAAACAUUUGAUUUUGAAUCUACUAGUUCUGGUAUGUAUUUUGUUUGUUGUUAUUCUAGCAUAUUGUCAAAACAAAAAAAGAAAUCUAGUGAUAAUAAUAAAAAAUUGAUUCCGAUAGAAGAAGAAGAACAACAACAACAACCAUCAGAUGAAAAUGAUGCUGAUAAUGAACCAAAACAAGUGAUAAAAAAAUUGACCGAUGUAUCUAAUCAAUGUUUGAUCGGUGAUCGAAAUUCGAAGAAUUGUAGAAAAACAGUGGUGAAGAAAAAACAAUCUACAAAUGGUAAUUUUCGUAAAUUACAAAUGCGUAAAAAACGUUUCUACUUGAAUCGAAAACAAUCACGUUUUCAAAAUUUAAAAAAGAACAAAUUCAAACAAUACAAAGCGAAUAAGAUGAAUGCAAAAUUUGAUAAUAAAUGCUAUAAAUGUGGUUCAAAUGAUCAUAUUGAAGAAGAAUGCGAUAAUAUACCUAGUCUUGCCGUACAAUUCGAUGAUGAUUCUGCCGGUGAUGGUAAUUUGGAUUCAAGUUUUGAUGAAUCACUUGAUCUUGGUAUUAAAAAAACUAUUAACACUGAUCAUCAUGAUGUUAGACGUAUUGUUUUGCAUAACUUUAUGGAAAUUUCACCACAUAGUAUUCAUCCACAACAGCGUGAUGUAAUAGGACGAAUAAUAUGUGGUCAUUCAUGUUUGUUUAUUGCACCAACUGGUUUUGGUAAAUCAAUAUGCUAUCAAGUGGCUGCCUAUACGUAUUGGGACUUUUUUCGUUCAAUCACUAUUGUCAUAUCACCAUUGAUAUCAUUGAUGCAGGAUCAGAUUCGUAAUCUGCCAAAAAAACUUCGUGGUGUUUGCAUAAAUUCCAAUCAAAGUGAACGUGAAAAUGCAGCUGCCAUUUCGGAUAUUAUAGAAAAUCGAGCACAGAUUCUGUUCCUAAGCCCCGAAUGUUUGGUGAAUGGAUUUUAUUCUAUUCCAUUUAAAUCAUUUCCAAAAAUUGCAUUCGUUUGUAUUGAUGAAGCACAUUGUAUUGCAUCAUGGUCAACAAAUUUUCGGCCAUCAUAUCUGCAAUUAUAUGAAACAAUACGUACAAAAUUGAAUAUACGUGCAGUAUUGGCAUUGACGGCAACAGCUACGCCGGAAAUGAUUGAAAAUAUCUGUAAAAAUCUUAAUAUUGAUCCAGAGAAAAAUGUUGUUGGCAAUACAAAAAUAGCGGAACAUCUUUUAAUAGCGGUUUCAAAAGCACCGACAAACAAAAUGAAAACCUUGGUGAAACUAUUGAAAGAGCCAGAAUUUGUUAAAUGUUAUUCAAUAAUCAUCUAUUGUACACGACGUGAUGAUUGUGAACGUGUAGCAUCCUAUAUACGUACAUCUUUACAAUUUGAAAGUAAUUUUCGAGAUACCGAAUCAUUUGCCGAAUGUUAUCAUGCUGGCCUUUCUUCACAACAACGUCGUGAUAUUCAACGACGUUUUAUAAAUGAUCAAUUACGAAUCGUUGUCGCUACAACUGCAUUCGGUAUGGGCAUCAAUAAAAGAGAUGUAUGUGCAGUCAUACAUUAUGAUAUGCCAAAAAGUUUUGAAAACUAUGUACAAGAAAUUGGUCGUGCUGGCCGCGAUCUUUUUCCCGCACUUUGUCAUCUUUUUUUAGAUGAAGAUUAUAGUGAUCUUUAUACUUUACAAAAUUUUAUAUACGCAAACGGUGUUGAUCGUUGUAAUAUUGAGAAAUUCAUACAUUUAAUUUAUGAACCAUGUCAUUGUCGUCGUAUGGCUGAAGUUUUCGAAGAAAUAACCAUUGAAGAUGAUUGUAAUAUUGAAUGUCCACGGCAUCCAGUUGCAUUGCCUAUUUUUGCAACCGAAAUUGAAACCGAUAUUAAAUCAGAAGUUCUUCUUACCAUUUUGAUGAUGUUAGAAAACAAGAAUAAUGAUCUUGAUAUCGAUUUGGAUGGAAAACCGUUUGCUAUAAAAAUUCACAAUUCAUUCAAUUCUAUUUGUCAUGUUGCUAAUUUUAGUGAAGAAAAUUUUAUUGACAAAUUAAUUGAAAAAGAUGAAAUUCUUCGCCAUGCCGAUGUACUAUUAGAACGACAACGACGUUUAACGAAUGGAAAAUGGAAUCGAAAUAAAAAUUUUAGAUUUUCCAUUGCGGAUGUUGCCAGAUUGAUGGGCAAAGAUGUCUGGUACAUACGGAAACAUCUUAAAAAACUUCAACGAAAAUAUCGCCGUGAAUUGGGCAUACGUUUUUCCGAUUAUUCAUUUCAUUUUGAAGCGGCUGGAAUAUUUUCCCAAAUACAAUUGAAUCGUAUUAUUGAUUGUGUUUAUGAACGUAUGAUGAAAUUUGAACGUCAAGAAUUGACAAAAUUACGUUUUACAUAUCAAAAAUUUUAUCAAUUUCGAUUAAUUGGUUCGGAUCGUAAAGAUGAUGAAAAAUUUUUGGCCAAAUAUAAUGGACUUAGAGAUUUUUUAAAUGAUAUUUAUUUUGGUUCUAGAUUCACUGCAGAAGAUAUUGAAAAUUCAUUAUUAUCAUUGAGUCAAAAUAAAAACAAUUAUGGACUACCACGUAUGUUGGAUAUGACCGAUGAAGAUUAUGCAGCCAUUACAUAUAAGAUAACGGAAUUUAUUCGACAAUAUUUUGAUCAAGGAGUGGAUAGUGAAAGAAAAAUUUGCCGUAUAUUGACUGGUAUUUCAUCACCACAAUAUCCAGCACAUAUAUGGGGCCGUGUACGACAAUUCUGGCGUUCAUUGGUAAAUGUUGAUUUUGAAUUACUCAUGAAUAUAACCAAAAAAUGUUUACAUGAUCAUCGUAGUAAUAACUGAAUACAUAUAUAUACGUAUAUGUGACACCAAAGUGGAUGAUCGAUUUUGAUUUUGAUGAUUUUU